CGGCGCUUUCAAAUAGCACCAGCGUCUGCUCGUGAUUAGCAGUUAGCUUCUUUAGCUGCAGGCGCCGGCUGUUUAAAGUUGCGACCACUCUCCGAAUGUUCAACGUUGCACAGUGAUGAACAAAGACAGCUGCUAUGGAAGAGGAGGGUCCAGUCAACGUCAAAGCUCUGAGGGCCAAGUUCCAAGAGGAGGCUCUGAACGCUCAAUCCAAAACUAGCCGACCCGUCGUCGCUGAGAAGCCCAAACACCUCCCCCCUCCAGUAGCGGAGAACAAGACUCCACACAUUAUGAUCCGAGAUGGACUGAGAUCGUCAGGAGGGAAACGACCCAAUUCUUUCCCACCACAGCCUCAGAAAAGCCCAACUUUUAAGGGACGUAGCCCGUCUGAAAAGACCUUGAAAGACCACCCCGUUCCUCUGAUCUUUCCUGCGCAACCACCUAAGCCCGAUGUAGCCAGGCAUCCGGUGACAGAGCCAGCUAAAGAUGUCCUGCCAUCAACUAAGGUCAAGAAGAAGACGUUGCUACUUCCAUUUAAAUCAUCCAAGGCGUCAAAGAUUUAUCCAGAAAGUUUUGAUGAGCCCACUUAUGCUGACCUGACAACCAGACCUUCAAGUGCUCCUUGUGAGUUACCCUCUGUAGAAAAGUCCACAGAUGAUGACGUUUACCUACAUGGAGAUGAAUCCACUCGGGAUUACCCUCCGUCCAGCCCCGACGUCCCACACACGCCUCCUGCUGUUGACACAAACUGCGACAGCGACAAUAAAUUUCUGAGCACCCUGGAGAGGGCCAAGAAAAAGUUUUCACGGCGAAAUAUGUUGAUCUCCUCUAAAUCUAAAAACGUACGCUCACCGGAUUUGUUGUCCAGCGCCAGAGGAUUCCCCUCACCACCACCGAGCAUCCGGGACCUACCGACGCCGCCACCGCCUGUCAGUCUUCCUCACAUCGCUUGCAUUUCUGCCCGACCUUUCUUCAAAGCCGACAACUCAGGAAGGAAGUUGGAUAAGACGUGCGGUUGGAAUAAGCCUGGACCUCCACCUGUGGAAACUGAAAAAGCUGCCGUGCUCUUACCUCCUUCAAAGAAAUGUCUUCCUGAAUUGAGGAACCUCGGGCAGGCGCCAGUAAAGCCCCCCAGACCACCAACAGUGGAUCUCAGUCGCUUUCAUCCUCCAAAAGAUAAAGAAGUGUUUCCGAGCCCCAGCCAAGUGCCUCCCGAGGAGCCUGAACCUCCAUCCAUCUCCAGCUCUGUUCUGGUUCCCCCAGAGUUCCCAGACUUUGAGAAUUCCGAGCCGGAAACCGCCGAGGGUGGAAUCAUUGAUAUUGCUGGACUUGAACUUGAGGCGAUGGACUUUGUCAGCUUGACUUGUCCUCCGCCGAACGACCUGUCUGAUUUUGAGGACCAGCCGUCCGACUUCUGCGAUUAUGUGGAGCCUGCAGCGAGUUCUACGAUUCAGGAUCUGAAUCUUGGCAGUCCCAACAUCAUCCCACUGGAUCCGUCCAACUUCCCAGAGCCAGUGAACCUCCCAGAAUCUAUGGAAAUGUGCGAAUGGAGUCACAGCAAUGACGCGAUAGCGCUCCCUCCAGUCAACCCGGAUGAGACUGCACUAUCUGCUGUUGACUGCCACUCCUCACAAGAAGAAGCAGAGCUCAGUAGCCACGCUGCUUUAAGCGAAGAGAGUCAAUCAUAUUCUCAUUCACAACAAGAUGACUACUAUGAAGCUUGUGACAACGUGUACGAGGACGUGGAAAACAUCAAUAAGUUCCUUCAGAGCCAACACCUGCGCAAACUAAAGAGUGUGAAGAAUCCAUAUGCAGAAAACCCUCCAGUGAAAGAAGAGGUGUGUCUCAACGUGUGGCCUCGAAACCCCUGGGGCCCUGUGGUUGGAGAGCAUGUUCAUACCAGCCUGAAUCACAUCAGCAAAGAGCAGCAAAGUCCAAACACCGCCGACUAUAAAGAAAAUAAAAAGAAGGAAAAGCAAAGACUUGAGAGGGAGAAAAAGGAGCAAAAGGAGAAAGAGAAGAAAGAAAAUGAGAUGAAAAAGAAAUUCAAAGUUACUGGUGAAGAAGAGCCCAUGUACCACGCCAAAGUGAUGGUGGCCAACAAAGUCCGCAAGAACGACCUGCCUGUCAAGAGCGGCGACACCGUCAGCAUCAUCCGCACCACCAACUGUCCUAAAGGGAAAUGGCUGGCGCGGGAUGCCAACCACAAGUAUGGAUACAUUUCAGUGAUGAACGUGGAGCUCAACAUCAAGGAGAUGUUGGAGCUGGGAAAGAAGGCGCAGGCGGCUGGACGAGGGGGGAACCCGGACGCAGACACCAUCAGCAUUGGAAGCAGAUCCUCCAGUCACCCCGUUCUUACCAGCAGUUUCACUGAUGACAGUGAGGAGUGGGCUUGUGAAGACGAGACGCUCUCCGCUUCAAACGAAAGCCAUAGUUUCCCUCAGCAAAUGUCCUCCAUGCCAGAGACGGCAUGUGGCAUCCAUAAUGGUGCUCAACACACGCUCAGCGACGCAAACUUGGAGGAUCUCCACACUCAGACCAGACAUGAGGCGCUGCAGAAACUCGCCAUCUUUUUCCAGCAUGGGAAGAACGAUUUCAAUGACAUCCCUGAUGGUGAAGGAGCAACACCAACAAAUGUUGAUCCACCAAGUGAGUCCUGCCUUAUUUUUCGUCAUGAUUUUGCUUCAUUUUCUGACACCGCUUCCCUCAAUACAGACUUCUUGUCUGACGUCGAGGAGCCUCCGUAUCCAGAUCAGGAAGUAGACUUCACAGAGCUUGAGCUUCUUCCGCCUCCUCCUCUGUAUGCAGACUCCUUCUGAACCCUCAAGUGCAUUUAAGUAAUUGGAAGUGUCCUCCUUUUUUUAGUAAACAACAUCAAUAAUUUGUCUUUGUUGGGUGUGUCGGCACUUUGUUCUGCACUUGGAUUCAUAUUGUUUUCUUGGUUUGCUGUCAGAGCUUCAUUUCAUUCACCCUUUACUGAGAACAGUUAGAUCAGGUAGUCGAUUGUUCUGUCACCUUUUCAGCGUGUAGGACGUUUGUGCUUUAAUAAAUA